GUGUUUAUAUAGUAUAAACCAGCCACCUACAUCUGAUCUGAGUCAGAUCGGUUCUGUUAUGUGUUUAUAUAGUAUAAACCAGCCACCUACAUCUGAUCUGAGUCAUAUUGGUUCUGUUAUGUCUUUAUAUAGUAUAAACCAGUCAGCUACAUCUGAUCAGAGUCAUAUUGGUUCUGUUAUGUGUUGCAUAGUAGUCACUUGGCCUGAGAUAUGGCUGUAGACUCCUAUAGACUCUAACAACCUGAGGACUCAUGUCUCACUAGUCUUCUGCUGUCGUAACAAUGCUAUCCUGAACCUAGUAGCCUGUUAAGCUGUAAACCUGUGUUCUGUAUCAGCCUUCUAGUGGUGUUGUUGUCCUGUGUCUGUGUGACAGGAAGCUGAUGAAGAAGCUGAGUAUGGAGCCUCCGGAGAGGAUCACCAGCCUACAGACUCUAUGGGACAACCACAAAGUAGCAGAACCAGGACCGUGUGGUGGUUUCUCUCAGAUGUACAGAUGUGUGUGUGACUGGCUGGGUCUGCCCUACAGAGAGGAAGUUCAAUGGGACGUAGACACCAUCUAUCUGACUCAAGACACACGGGAUCUCAGCCUUCAGGACUUCAGUCAUCUGGAGAAUAGGGAUCUAGUGGCUAUAAUAGCAGUGUUGGAGUACAACCAAUGGUUCACAAAGCUCUCCACAAAGGAUUGUAAACUGGUGAGUUAAACUGAGCCUUCGUACCCCCACUCUGUCUGCCUCUGUCUCCUCCCUUUCCUCAUCUCUCUGUCUGUCUCUCUUUCU